GACUUUUUGGAGGGGAGGGAGGAGGCAGGACUGUAAGUUGGACCAACUCACAGGUCGUCCGAACGCAGUCAGUUAGUCAGACAUAGUCGUGGACGGAGGAUCUCACACAGGCACACACACACCCACUGUGGACUACCAGCGCCUUUUUGGAGAAACCUUUUUCACUGUGGAUAUACUUACCCUAACGGACUGUCACCAGGGAUUACUUCAGGCUAGAACAUCCAUCAACAUGGAUGGUUCUACAACAUUCUACAUGUUCUUUGGCUCAAUCUUGGCAUUAACAGUUACAGUUAUCUGCGGACUGUCGCCACCCACCAUCAUCUCCAACGACGACGAGUUCGUCUUGAGGCCCAACUCGGUGUUUAACAUCAGCUGCACCGGCAAGAGUAACGUCGUCUGGGUGGAACCCCUGCCCCACAACACCUUCGUUUUCCCUGGAUACCUGACGGCCACUUUGUUCAUCUAUAACGCCACCGUGGAAAACACAGGCUACUAUGUUUGUGUCUAUGAGGAUUUGGCGGGAGAACCGGCAGGUAACCCGGAAGCUACGACGGAAGCUGAGAUAUACGUCUUUGUGCCAGAUCCCUUGGCUCCAUUUGUUCCGGAGACCCCUGAUCAACUGGUGGUCGCCGUCGGUGUGGGCAUUUCCUGCCGCGUGUCUAACCCCGACUUGCACGUCACCCUGCGGAGCAUCCCCGGGGGAGAGAAGGUGUCCGCCUUCUACGACAAUAAGAUGGGCUUUUUCGGCGAAUUCCCUGCGGGUCGCUACCAGUGUGAGACCACCGUUGGUGGCAAGGUGGUUACCAGCCCUGUCUACACCGUCAAGGAUGGCACACCAACCCAAGCGGAAGACUUUGAGGUGGUCGUGAGAGCCAGCACAGAGGCGUUGAGGGCAGGGCAGCCUCUGAAUAUCACCUGUGUUGCACCGGCUGGUUCCGCCUUUCAGCAGCAGUGGCUCCAUCCCAAAACACAGGCUAUGAAUGCAGUUCAGAAGAAACAAAAUCUUCCAGACAGGGUCCUCUACACUCUGGUUAUCCAACAAGCAAGCCUGCAGGAUAGUGGCACCUACGAGUGCUCUGUAACCCACAAAGACAGCGGGAAGGUCAGGGUGAACACCGUGGCCAUUACCGUCUUUGAGGAGAGCUCUUUUGUGACGCUGGACCACAGUGGCAUCCUACCAACACAGUUUGUCAGCCUCCUGGAGGAGACCGAGUUCACUAUCCUCAUCGACGCUUCCCCAGCCCCCAAAGUGACAUGGCAGCGUAACGGCAAAGACAUACCGGGGAGUUAUUACAUCCUGGCUAAAACCAGCCACCUGGAAGGCAACCGGUACCAGAGCAUUCUGAUAUUCCGGCAGCCUCUUGAAAGAGACAGCGGGAAUUACACCAUCACAGCUGUGAGCGGCUCCCGCACGGCCCAGUUCUCCUUCCUGCUCAAAGUAAAAGCCUCCACCACCUUGACCUUCCCACCGUCCUCAGGCCCGGUGCUACUGCCACAGACGGAGGAGAUAGUGGUGGCCCUCGGUGCUUCGUUCACCCUUACCUGCCGGGGCGAGGCGAGCCUUGGCUGGGAGAUGCCGCUCGAUGUGCCUGAGCAGACACAGGAGGACAACAGUGGCUUGUUUGUCACCACCAUCACAGUGGACCAAGCUACAGCUAUGCACACCGGCUUCUAUACAUGCUUUUACAGCCAAAAUGCCACAGAGGAAGCGGAGGAGAACAGCAUCUAUGUCUACGUGCCUGAUCCCGAUGUUCCAUUUGUGCCAUCUCCGGUGCCGUUCGGGAAUCAUGUCCUGUCCGGCCACGAGGAGAUGGAAAUUCAGUGUCGGGUGUCGGAUCCCAGCGCGAAUGUUACCCUGCUCAAUGUGGACACCCAGCAGCCCAUCCCGAGUGUCUAUGACAGCAAGAGAGGUGCCCUGGGGAUGUUCACCGCCGGGACUUACGUCUGCAAGGCAGUCAUAAACGGAGAGGUGCACUACAGUGAGGAGUAUAUUGUCCACGGCUGGACUGGUGGUGCCGCUCUGCACGUUGAACUAUCGGCCAAGCGGACUGCUCUGCUGGUGGGAGACACGAUCACUGUCACCUGUUUGGCUCGUGGGCCAGAGAUCCUGGAGGACCACUGGAAAUACCCUGGCAAAGUGGCUAACCGUGCGAAGAAGACAGUGCAUGAGAACAAGCGUGAUCAGGAGAUUCUUUACACCCUGACCAUCCCUCAAGCCUCGGCUAAAGACAGCGGCAUCUACGCUUGCUCCAUCACUGAUGUCAUCAGUAACGAGAGCCAGACAAAGCAACUCGCCAUCACAGUUUAUGAACACGAGUUUUUAUUCCUCCAACCGGAGUUUGGCAUCUUGGAAUCGGCUGAGCUGGACGAAGUGCGCGAGUUCAAGGCUGAGAUUGACUCAUUCCCUCGUGCUGAUGUCACUUGGCUCAAAGACGGACUCCCUCUGAGCGACGUCACCGCUGAGAUCUCCACCAAUCUGCGGCAGGUCAGCGAGACCAGGUACUUAGGUGUCCUCACUCUGAUCCGUGCAAAGGAGGAAGACAGUGGCAACUACACCAUGAGGGUGGAGAAUGGAAACCAAACUCAUAGUGUCAGCUUUAACCUCCAGGUCAAAGUCCCUGCUGUCAUUGUGGACUUGAUGGACAUCCACCACGGGUCAGCCUCAGGCCAGUCUGUAGUGUGCAUCGCUGGGGGCCAGCCCACACCUGAAGUGGAGUGGUUCAUCUGCAAAGACAUUAAACACUGCGCCAACGACUCUUCACAAUGGGUGCCGCUCCCUGCUAACUCCACUGAGAUCACGGUGGAGUCACACGUGGAUGAGGAGAAGAACCUUGAGAGCCAGGUCCUGUUUGGCCAUCUGGAAAACACACUGGCAGUGCGCUGCUUGGCCAGGAAUGAAAUGGCCGCUGUCAGCCGUGAAGUGAAGCUGGUGUCCAGCGGCCCUCAUCGAGAGCUGACUGUAGCUGCCGCCGUGCUGGUGCUGCUGGUCAUUGUCAUCAUCUCACUCAUUGUCUUGGUUGUUAUCUGGAAACAGAAACCACGCUAUGAGAUCCGCUGGAGGGUGAUUGAGUCUGUGAGUCCGGACGGCCAUGAGUACAUCUAUGUGGAUCCUAUGCAACUGCCCUAUGAUUCCAGAUGGGAGUUCCCACGCGACAGACUUGUGCUUGGUCGCAUCCUGGGUUCUGGAGCCUUUGGAAAGGUCGUAGAGGGCACUGCCUAUGGACUCAGCCGUUCCCAACCUGUCAUGAAAGUAGCGGUGAAAAUGCUGAAACCCACGGCCCGAUCCAGCGAGAAGCAAGCCCUGAUGUCAGAACUGAAGAUCAUGACUCACCUUGGACCUCAUCUUAACAUCGUUAACCUUCUGGGCGCAUGUACCAAGUCAGGCCCCAUCUAUAUUAUCACUGAGUACUGCUUCUAUGGGGACUUGGUCAACUACCUUCACAAGAACAGAGAGAACUUCCUGAGUCUGAGCCCUGAAAAACAGAAAAAAGACCUGGACAUCUUUGGAAUCAACCCAGCAGACGAGAGCAGCAGAAGCUAUGUGAUCCUGUCCUUUGAGAGCAAAGGCGACUACAUGGACAUGAAGCAGGUGGAUAACACUCAGUACGUGCCCAUGCUGGAAAUGGCCAACACCUCCAAAUAUUCUGACAUUCAGCAGUCCGACUAUGACCACCCACCUUCCCAGAAAGGCUUGAGCGAACUUGAAGGGGACAACCUCUUGUCGGAAGACAUGGACGAAGGUCUCUCCACUACAGACCUCCUCAGCUUCACCUACCAGGUGGCCAAGGGCAUGGAGUUUUUGUCUUCCAAAAAUUGCGUGCAUCGUGACCUCGCCGCCAGGAACGUUCUCCUCUCUCAGGGCAAGAUAGUGAAGAUCUGUGACUUUGGGCUGGCAAGAGACAUCAUGCACGACAACAACUACGUGUCCAAAGGAAGCACAUUCCUACCAGUGAAGUGGAUGGCACCAGAGAGUAUUUUCGACAAUAUGUACACCACUUUGAGCGACGUCUGGUCUUACGGAAUCCUCCUCUGGGAGAUAUUCUCCUUAGGUGGAACCCCUUAUCCCGGCAUGGUGGUAGACUCCAGCUUCUACAACAAGAUCAAGAGUGGCUACAGGAUGUCCAAGCCAGAACAUGCCCCUCUCGAUGUCUAUGAGUUGAUGAUGAAGUGCUGGAACAGCGAGCCAGAGAAGAGGCCAUCCUUUGUGGGCCUGAGCGAGACUGUAUCAUCUCUGCUGCCUUCCAGCUACAAGAGGCAUUACGAAAGGGUCAACCGUGACUUCCUGAAGAGUGACCAUCCGGCCGUGACCCGGAUGUGCAUGGACAGCGACGACGCCUACAUCGGCAUCACCUACAAGAACCAGGGCAAGCUGAAGGACAGGGAGAGCGGCUUUGACGAGCAACGCCUCAGCUCUGACAGCGGCUACAUAAUCCCACUACCCGACUUGGACCCCAUGUCCGUUGACGAAUACGGAAAGAGGAACAGACACAGCUCACAGACGUCCGAGGAGAGCGCUAUCGAGACGGGCUCCAGCAGCUCCACAUUCGCCAAGCGUGAGGGCGAAACACUGGAGGACAUCACGCUGCUGGACGAGAUGUGUCUGGACUGUAGCGACCUGGGGGAGGACAGCUUCCUGUGACGUCACCACUUUUGUGUAUGGGUGGGGGGCAGGCAGGACUAGGACACUUUGGUGGGGAUGGACUAAAAAGGACCUGCCAAUCAUACCAAACCACUCAGACUUUACUCCCUCUUGGAACACUGCCCCCUGCUGGGCUGGAGCGAGUGAGUGACAAAGACUCAAGGUUUAUCGGAGCUGACAUACUGCCACAAAUCAGUUUAAAAAGUUUCAAGAGCUUUAUUUAUCGGGCAUUUGUUUAAUUACAAGUAAUAAAGAGCAGCUUUAACCACUAUGUCAACUGGUAAACCCUCCCUCCCCUGCAGAGAAGCACCUGAUGCUGGCACAAUCAGUAGCAAUACUUUAAAAAGCACAAAAUCUGUGUGGAAAAAAAAUCAUUAUUAUGGUCAUAGUAAUAACGUGACCAUAUGAUGUUUCCAAUGGCUGAAUUAUUUUUUUACUUCACCGUCAUGUAAACAUGUAUUAUUUGUGAAUAUCGAAUAUAGCUGUGUGACUGAGUCUCCCCCUCAACCCCCAUGAACUUUGAAUGAGUGUGAUUGUAUUGUAAAUAGCACCAGAGUUGUUGUUUUUUAUAAGAGAGAAUACAUGGGAAAACAUAUUUUAUACUAGCACAUGUUAAGUAAGCUUCCUAAGCACCCUGACGCCAAGACUUUUGUAAAGCGUCCCCACGAACAGCAUGCAAUUAAAGGAAAAAAAAAGUGUUCCAUCAUCCCAGCUAAAUCACAACAAGCUAAAAGUUCAUAAGAUGUCAUACAUCAGUGACGUGUUGUGUUUACUCCGCUAAGCUGCACCACUGCCUAUUUUAUGUCAACUGUGAUGUCAUCUGCAAUCAAAUGUUGCACUUUCUUGUCUUUAGUUUAUGUCUCGGAUGUUGCAGGAGAUAUUUGGCCAGGCUGACGGUACACUAUCUGUUAAAAUAAUAAUAAUAAUAAUAAUUAUAGUUAAUCACCCAAAUAAGUUUACUAUGACUAUUGUUACAUUAUUCAUUGUACAUUCAGAUGAUUUAUAUUGCAAUAAAUGCUUUACAAUGUGAUGAAAUGGUCUCU